AGUUCUUCACAAAUGACAGCAGUCUUGGCAUUUGAGUUCCUAUCGCUUCCUCUUUCUAAGCGGUCGCAGCCACUUGAAGUCUACAGCCUUCGUUCCUUACCCCUUAUUAAUCUCCCGCAAAGCCACUUUGCAAGAACCCAAUCUGUAUGUGAACUCACUGCAAGAUGUAUUGGCGGCAAACAUCUUGUUUCCCACUGUACCUCUGUCUCACACCGGCCCGCGUCAAAUCCCCUCCCCGAUCCAUUGACCAACCAAAUGUCCGCCCAGGCCACGCGCAUCCAACCGCUCGGUACCGGGGAUUCCGCUCUGUACAAGGCACGGACAGUAUACGCCAGCCGCACAUACCAAAUCCCAGGUGCAGAUCACCACAAAAAAAUAAGAAAGUCGUUUGAUACAGUCGGAACAGGCAACCCGGCCCUAGCCCAGGACAGCCCAGCAAGGCCAAAAAAAGGAAAACAGGCAGACCGUGAGGCUGCCGAGGCUGUCCCCCUUUCGACCCGCCUGCCGGUGACAUGACCCACCCCUGCGUCAAUCAAACGCGUCUAGAUGCGCCCCGGGGAGGGAUCGACCCGAGGAUACCCGUCACUCACGUCACUCACGUCACUCCCGAAGAAAAAGGAUAAAGAGGCCCCAAAAAAACCA